CAUCUUAGCCUUCUCGAGCACUGCUCAAACUUCCUCUUCGUAAUCCUCAUUUUUCGACAUGGCUCGCACCAAGCAAACUGCUCGCAAGUCCACCGGUGGUAAGGCACCCCGCAAGCAACUCGCCUCCAAGGCCGCCAGGAAGACUGCACCGUCCACCACGACUGGUGGUGUCAAGAAGCCUCACCGUUUCCGCCCUGGAACUGUCGCCCUCCGUGAAAUCCGUCGCUACCAGAAGUCCACGGAGCUGCUGAUCAGGAAGCUGCCCUUCCAACGGUUGGUCCGUGAGAUUGCACAGGACUUCAAGACCGACCUCCGGUUCCAGUCCUCUGCCGUCAUGGCUCUCCAAGAAGCUGCCGAGGCGUACCUCGUCUCGCUCUUCGAAGACACUAACCUUGCUGCCAUCCAUGCCAAGCGUGUCACCAUUCAACCCAAGGAUCUUGCCCUCGCUCGUCGCCUCCGUGGUGAACGUGCGUAGAUAUUCGAUGCUAGAUCUCUGCUCUUUCUUGCUGCUGUACCGUAGUCACUGGUCUUGCCAUCCCCGAACUCUUGUAUCGUUUAUACUGGCUCUAGUUUUGUCGUCUCGGCCGUAUUUCUCCUACGACUACUACGGCCACUGUAGCACGCCGUCUAAUAGACCCAUGUUGCAGCACC